GUUUAUGUGCGUACACGUGAAACAGCGCAAUAUAUGUCUUGGUGUGUGCGCGGCAUUUCGAUCAGUAACAAAUCUAAGUAUAUGGCUGCUCUGAAGAUACUUUGCUCCCUGGUUAUAAUAUCAGUUUUUUAUCUGGGACUGACUAAAAGCCAGGCAAAUGGACCUAAAGUGACAGAUAAAGUUUUUCUUGAUAUUGAGGUAGAUGGGAAGCCACUGGGACGGAUUAUCAUCGGGUUGUUUGGAAAAACAGUGCCCAGAACAGUUGAGAACUUUAAGCAGAUCGCUAUAGGUACGAAACUACCUGACGGUCGAACUGCUGCUUAUAAGGGUAGUAGCUUCCAUCGUGUUAUCAAGUCAUUUAUGAUACAAGGCGGUGAUUUCUCAAAUCAUGAUGGCACUGGAGGUUUCAGCAUAUACGGUGAUAAGUUUGCGGAUGAAAACUUUAAGUUAAAACAUGUGGGUGCUGGCUGGUUAUCUAUGGCUAAUAGCGGCCGUGACACAAAUGGCAGUCAAUUUUUUAUCACUACUAUAAAAACCCCUUGGUUAGACGGAAAACACGUAGUUUUUGGCAAGGUUUUGGAGGGAAUGAAAAUUGUAAGAGAAAUUGAGAACAGUCAGACGGAUUCUCGUGAUAGACCGGUUAAAAGUAUUAGGAUUGCCGAUUGUGGCCAUAUCCCUGUUGAUACACCAUUCUCCGUAACCAACAGCGAUGCAACGGAGUGAUUUGUGGGGAUGAAUGUUUUCAUUUUUAUAUAUACUUAUGUACAUUCGUAAAUAUACUUUAAGUGGAUAGUUGUUUCACAAUUUUUGUGCCAAC